CUUUUCAUCUUCCCUUUCACGAUUCCUGUCUCUCUAAAGUUCUCUCUGGAGCCCGGCUUCCAGCACGGUACAGAGAAAGAGAAAUGGAGCAAAAAAAGAGUGUCUUUUUAUCAUUGCUAGCCUGAGAGAAAAAGAGGGAAGCUUUUCUUUUGUAUUAUUACUUGUUGAAUAAAACAAUCAAAUGGGUGGAGAGAACACCUCCAAUUCUAGUUCAAAUGAUUCUUCACCCAAUGAUAGAAGCUCUGAGACACAAGUCGUAUUGAAUGUUUAUGACCUCGUCCCUCUCAACAACUACACCGUUUGGUUUGGCUUUGGCAUCUUUCAUUCUGGCAUUGAAGUUCAUGGAAGGGAGUAUGGUUUUGGAGCGCACGACUUCCCCUUCAGCGGAGUGUUUGAAGUAGAGCCUAAGUGCUGCCCCAGUUUUAUAUAUAGAUGUUCAAUCCCGCUAGGUUGUAUUAAUAUGCCCGUUUCUGAGUUCCAUACUUUCGUAGAAAAUGUGGCUUCUGAGUAUCACGGGGACACUUAUCACCUUAUCUCCAAGAAUUGCAAUCAUUUUACAGAUGAUAUGGCUAACAGACUGACGGGGAAGGGGAUUCCUAAAUGGGUGAAUCGCCUAGCCAGGCUUGGAUCUUUCUGCAAUUGUCUUCUUCCCGAAAGCCUUCAAGUAACAACAGUUAAACAGCUUCCCGAGUAUCAUCUCUAUACAGACGAAGAUGGGAGCGGGUCUCUGGAACGAACUGAAAGUGAUGACGGCGAUCAAGAGAAGCACUUGCUAUCGCCAACCGGUAGUGGCGGCGUGGUGUCUUUUGUAAAGGAGGUCCACAGGUGAAGGGGUUGGUGUUCUAGCUGCAUAUAUGUUUUGGAAGCCUUGAUUCUUUGUGUGGGGUUCAGUAUUUUGAGUGUUGGGCUGCUUGAUAAGAAGAAGAUGUGUGGUGAGAUUCAUUGACAGAACAAUUGCUGCAGAUCAACAUUUUAUUUCCUAGUACUAUAUAGUUUGAAUCAUUAUAUUGGCAUUUGCUUUGUGUCACAUGUUUGGAACAUUAUUAUGUCAUUUAGUGAGAAGCUUUUGCAAUUGCAACAAUUAACCUUUCAUCUGUAGAAGCUACACACUUUCUCAUC